UCUUGUUUACGCUAAAUGGGUCGUCCUUAUUCUGAAGAAGACCCCUCUCUUCCUUCAACACCCAUUACUAUAAAGAAACCACACUUUCCCUCUCAAAUACCCACACCCUUUUUUUCUCUUCUUUUCUUGCUUCUUUCAUCAACUGUUGUGAGCUAUUUAUCAGAAUUCACCUUCUGCAUGAGUUUGGGACUUCAAGACCUACAACUGGGGCUUCAUUUUUGGGUUUAGACUUUCAAGCCCAGUUUUUUGGAGCUACAAGGCGCAUACAUCAAAGUUUUCUUCUUCACUUUUGAGGUGCUUUUCAUUACAUGGAGAAGCUCAAUUUUGUCAAGAAUGGUGUGCUCAGACUGCCUCCUGGAUUCAGAUUCCACCCAACAGAUGAGGAACUUGUUGUUCAGUACUUGAAAAGAAAGGUGUUUGCUUGUCCCCUGCCUGCCUCUAUAAUUCCUGAAGUCGAUGUCUGCAAGUCUGAUCCUUGGGAUUUGCCAGGUGAGUUGGAGCAAGAAAGGUACUUUUUCAGCACCAGGGAAGCUAAAUAUCCCAAUGGUAACCGAUCCAACAGAGCCACAAUUUCUGGGUAUUGGAAGGCAACUGGUAUCGACAAGGAAAUUGUAACUUCUAAGGGAAACCAGCUUGUGGGGAUGAAGAAAACCCUAGUUUUUUACAGAGGAAAGCCCCCCCAUGGAACCAGGACUGAUUGGAUUAUGCAUGAAUAUCGCCUAGUAACCACUGAAGCCACUGUCUGCAAUUCCCCUCAAAAGAAGAACUCAAUCCAGAUCCCAUUAGUGCCUAUAGAAAAUUGGGUUCUUUGCCGUAUAUUUUUGAAGAGGAGAAGCACAAAAAAUGAGGAGGAAAACUUUCAAAUUGGCAAUAAAAAUAGAGUGUGCAAGCUGAGGAACACAAAGCCUGUAUUCUAUGAUUUCCUUACAAAAGACAGGACUGAUUUGAAUCUGGGUCCUUCCUGCGCAUCUUCAGGGUCAAGUGGAGUGACAGAAGUUUCAUCAAAUGAAUCAGAUGAUCACGAAGAAAGUAGUAGUUGCAACAGUUUCCCUUAUUUCAGAAGAAAACCAUAAAUACAACUCUAAAAUCUUCUUUAGUGUUUAGUGAUUCCCCCUCUUCAAGUUAGGAAGUUACUACUGUAUCAGUAAAUAUGGUUUCUGGUUUCUGGUUUCCAAAUCAGAAUGACCCAUCUAAGCUAUCCAAGAAACGGCUUAUAACUGUUAUCAGUAAUGUGGAGAGGAUGUCCAGUUAUGGUUAUCUUGUGAUCAAUCUAAGAAUUUCAAAGUUAGUAAAUAACUUUCUUUUUUGGAACA